AUGCCACUUAGAUCCAAUGUAUGGAGAGCCGGAGAAAGCUCCCGUCCACAGGCUAGCCGUGGAAUCAGCCCUGUGCCUGAGCGCUCGGAGAUUGACCGGGGCCUUCAAGUUUUCCUGCCUCGGAGGGACCAAGCCACGCGACCACCAUCUAGGGGAAACCCAUCGGCCAUCUUACGGCCCUCCACGAGGCGUCAAGAAUACUAUGAAGCUGAAUCUGAACUAUCAGACACUAGGUCCACCCCCGUAAUGGAAGAUUCGUCAUUUUACCCCUCUACUCGAGGACAGACCCAGAUGACACCUAACAGGGUAAGCCUGCGUCCCCGCCUGCUCUCCAGCCGCCGUGAACCAACUUACCACAUCCAAGAAGGGUUUAAUAAUCUGACGCUAAGGCACAUGAGUACUCCUUUCUCCGAGGAUAUCAUGAAUGCCCCGAAAGAGCCCAAGGUAAAAACUCCUACCAUUGAAGCCUAUGACGGUACCACCGAUCCAUACAUGCACCUAGUUGCAUACCGUCACCACAUGUUCAUGGCACACAAGGAAGAAAGGAAAACAAGUAUGCACUUGGGACGAAUUCAACAAGGGAAAGAUGAAUCACUAAGAAGCUAUGUGAAACGUUUCAACCUAGAGGCCGGGCAGAUCCCAGACUUACCCGAUGGCGUCUCCUUCGAUAAUUUUAUCAGGGGAUUGAAGAAAGGAUCCUUCAAGUUUGACCUAGUCAAGGAAAGUGUGCGGACUAUGGCCGAAGUUUUGGACGAGGCUGAAGCAUUUAUCCAUGUAAAAGAAAUAUGCUGCGCGUUAAAAGAUGGAAGGACUGGAGAAGCAACAGAUUCCUCAGGGAAGAAAGACAAAAUAGACCGAAAAACCCCACGAGUAAAUGGUACUUGGGCUCUUUCAAAAGAGCAUGGUACCAACUCUCCUGGACACAAGAGAGAACGUCCACAAGAAAGAGAAUAUUUCGAGUACAACACAGAUCUCCUCACGAUACUGAAAGACGUCGGAACCAGGUUUGACCUUGAACGACCUUUUCCCAUGAAGUCUCCUGCUGAGAGUCGAGACCCUAAGGUGUAUUGCCAGUUCCAUGAAGAUAUAGGGCAUGACACCAAGAACUGUAGAAGCUUGAAGAGAGCUCUAGACGGCCUAGCCUCCAAAGGACACCUCAAGAACUACUUACAGAGAAAUGCUCACGGCUCUGGAAAGAACCAGUACAAAAAGAACAAGUCACACGUCUCACCUACAGAGGGAAACCACAGCGAAGGGGGAUUUGUAGCCAUCAUAUCUGGGGGACCAGCUGCUAGAGGACCCACCAUGAGGGGGCAGAAAGACUAUGCUCGUCGUCUAGGGCAGGUAAUGCUGUCAGGGAAGUCACCUGUGGACCCAUUCCCACGAAUCGAGAUAUGUGAGUCGGAUGGUGGACGAGUAGCCACUCCGCAUGAUGAUCCUCUUGUGGUCGAGUUCAAAAUCUCCAAUAUGAGGGUGAAGCGCAUCCUGAUAGACACUGGGAGCUCAUCUGACAUAAUGAUCAUGGAAUGCCUCAGCCGCCUAGCACACGACCCUAAAACCAUAGAGAGCAUACACUAUACCAUCAUUGGUUUUGGAUGA